UUACAGUUUGUGAUCAAGUUUAGUGCAACAAUUAUUUGUGCCAACCAUCAGCGUCUUGCACACCAAAAGUAGUAUUUUCCGUGUAGAUCACUCAAAACCACCGGCAAUAUGGUAUUCAAGGUCUUGCUCGUAGCUACUCUCGUGGCCCUUGCCCGAGCCGCUCAUCCUACGGAGUAUGUUAUUUCAGCUCCAAGUGUAGACCAUGGAUCGGUUGGAAGCACACAGGAGCAUACAAUCAAGGGUCAUUAUGGACAAAAUGCUCAUUCACAAUACUCAAGCGUCGCAAACACAGCUCAUUCCACUUCUCAUGUUUCGAGGACCAGCGUUAGCAAUGAUGUUAUUGGCUAUGGAGCACCUGCAUAUGGAUAUGGUCAUGUUGCUGCUCCAGCAAUUGCUCAUGCUGCCUAUGCCGCUCCAGCAGUAGCUCAUGUUGCUGCUCCAGCUAUCGCUCACGCCGCUUAUGCUGCCCCUGCAGUUAGGGUAGCAGCUCCAGCUUACGCCUACGCUCCAGCACAUGUAGCAGCGGCACCAGCUGUAGCCCAUGUUGCUGCCCCAGCUAUUUCAUAUGCACAUGGUGGAGCUUUGUACGGUCACGGAGGAUUGGCAUAUGGACAUGGACUUUCUUUGGGCUACGGGCACGGAUAUGGUUACAGAGCUGCCUUUGCUGCUCCAGCUGCUCAUUAUGCAGCUCCACUUGCCGCCGCCCACUACGCUGCUCCCUACGCCGUCAAAGCUGCCGUCGCCGCUCCACUCGUGCAUACAUCAUUUGUUGGCCAUGGUGCACAUUAUGCUUACUAGGAUUGUGUAAGGAGGAGGAAACCAGGAGUUGUGUAGAAUUCACCCACGCUAAACGUGUACAUUUUCCAUAAAUAUUAGUUCUAAGAAUCCUUUUGUAUUAUAAACUCAAUAAACUAUCGCGGUUAAUAUAAAA